AUGCAAUAACAACGAAGUAACUUUGGUUAACAAAUCUUCUAAAAUGAUAUGACUAAUCAAAACAUCAAUCCCAACGAAUUCAUGAUGUAGAAUAUGAUGAAAAUAUUUCAAUAACAAAUGAUGUAGAUGAUGCAAAGCUAAUCAUCUGGUAUUGGAAAUACUUAUGUUUAGGUUUUGAUUUAGAAAAAUUUUACCAUAACAAAGUAUAUGAUAUGAAUUAAUUCUACAAUCAAAUGAAACCUGAAGAAUGCUAAUUACAAUAGUCUUCGAAAUUUAUAAAUACUUAUAAUCCUACCAAAUAUUAAGAAGUAAGUAUUAGUUUUAAGUAGGAAACCAAUGUGAACACUAAUAGAUAACUACAUUUUGAUGAUAUAUAAUUAACAUAAAAUUACAGAAAUGAGUUUCAUGAUUAUAAUUUACCAGAAAAUGAUGAUUUUAAUUAAUAUAAAAAUAAAUAAGAUCAAAAAUAACGUUAGCAAAGACAGUAUGAAUAAGGAGAUUAGAGAUCAAUUAAAUAAUAAUUAUAAAAUUUUGAUUAAUCAGAUAAUGAUGACAAUUACAUUAAAUAAUAUAAAUAACAAUAAAAAAAAACAUCAAAUUUUGAUGAUAUGUCUUUACAAUAAGCAAAUCAUGAUCAAUAAUAAUUUAGAUCCAAUCUAAAAAAAAAUACUUUAUUUUAAUAAGAUGAAUGUGAUUUUAGAUAAUAAUCUAAUCCAUUUGAUGAAAUGCCUAUAAAACCAAUGAAAAACAAUAAUAUUGAAGAUAUGACUCUCAGAAAUAAAAAAUAAGAUGAUUUUACUAAAAAUUAAUAGUAAGAAAUACAAUCGUAUUAGAAAUAAUAGAAAUAGUUGGAGGAUCAAACAAAUAAGAAAACAAAUUACUCUAACCCUUUUGAUGAAAUUCCAAUAUAAUCAUAAAAGCAAAAUUAAAAUAUUUUUGAUGAAAUGCCAAUAAAACCAUCUAAAAAAGGUUAUGAUGACUAAAUUAUUAAAAAUAAAAUUAAUUCCUUUGAUGAUAUACCUAUUAAAACAAAUAAAAAUUAAGCAUUUGAUGAUAUACCGAUUAAAACAAAUAAAAAUUUAGCAUUUGACGAUAUACCUAUAAAAUCAAAUAAAAAUUAAGCAUUUGAUGAUAUUCCUAUUAAAUCAAAUAAAAGCACAUUUGAUGAUAUGCCAAUUAAAACAAAUAAAAGCACAUUUGACGAUAUUCCAAUUAAAACAAAUAAAAGCACAUUUGACGAUAUUCCUAUUAAAACAAAUAAAAACUAAGAUUUUGAUGAUAUUCCUAUUAAAACAAAAUAAAACACAUUUGAUGAUAUGCCAAUUAAAACAAAUAAAAACUAAGAUUUUGAUUAAAUUCCUCCAAGAAAUAAUUUAAAAAAACCUCUUGAUGAGGCUAAUUAAGAUGAAUAAGGUCGAGUAAAGAAGAAAUCUUUCUUGAAAAAAGGAACAAGAUAAUUUUUAUCAAAUGCUUAAUAAAGAUCUGAUAUUGCUAAGAAAGAACAUGCUGAAAUUUUAAAAGAAAAUAAUGCUUCAGGUACUCCACUUAUAUAAAAUUAAAACAAUUAAAUUAAAACUUAAAGAAUAUAAUAACAAUAAUAAUAAAAAGUUGAAUUUAAGUAGGAGUAAAAAGAAGUCUAAUAAAGACCAAAAAAAUAAGAAUUACCAAAGGAAUAACCUAAAUAAUAACAAGCUAGAUAAUAAUAAUUAUAAGUACAGUAAAAAUCUCUGAAAUAAAAAGAGGAAUCUGACAAUAAUUAGGAUUCAUAUUAAGAAUAUUAGUUUGAUGAUAAUGAAGAUUGGAAUGAUGAACCUCCUAAAUAAUCAAAGAUUGCAACCACUUAUUUUGGAUUAAAGAAAGAAAAGGAUGCAAAAGAGAAAAAAUAAGAAAAAGUUUAACCAUAAGAAAAUGAAGAAGAAAUUGUUAGAAAAUAUGUCUAAGAUAAGAUUGAUAAUUUAAAUGCUGAAAUUGCUAAAUUUAAAAGUGAAAAUGAAAAGGUUAAGAAAGCCAAAGUAAAAUGUGAUGAUUAAUUGAGAUAAUUACAAAGAGAGAGGGAAGAAUGGGAAAAGUAAAAAGAAAUAGAAAAACUUGAAUUAGAAGAAUGGAAAGAAGAAGAGAAAAAGAAAAUGUUGAGAGAAAAAAGAAUUUAAGACAGGCAAUAAAAAACUAUUUAAAAUUUACCUAAUAGAAAAGAGAGAGAAGAAAUAGAAUCAUUGAAAUAAUAGGUAUAAAAAUUAACGGAAGAAUAAAAGCAAAAAGAUUAAAAGAAUAAACUAUCUUAUGAUAGAUUAAAGAAAUAAAAUGAAGAACUCUUAUAAAGAAAUUAAGAAUUAUAAGCAGAAGUAAAAGCAUUGGAACUUAGACUUUUAGAAUAAAAACGACCAAACUCUUAAGCUACAAUUUAAUAAAGCAAAUCAUAGUAAAUCUAAUUAAAAUCCAAUGUUUCUGGACUUUCUUAAAAGAAAGAAGUUCCUUAAUAAAAUAAUAGAAGAUAAAGUCCUACCAGUUUUGGGGAGGAAUUCUAAAUUAAGCAUAAGCAAUCAAUAAAAGAAUAUAUUAAAUAAAAUUCAGAAGUUGAUGAUGAUAAAAAUGAUGAAGAAUAUUAAAAUGAAGACAAUAGUGAUGAUGAAUAAUAAUAUAAUGAUUGUAGAUAAGAAUAAUAGAAAAAAAACAUUUAAUAAUAAAAUAGUAAAAAAUAUGAUUUAAUUGAAAUGUAAAAUGAGGGCAUCCCAUUUACUAUAAAAAAUAUAAAUAGUGUGAUAUCUGAAUAGGAAUUUAACUAUGAUCAAAAUCGUUUCUAUCAAAGCUACAAAAAGAAUAAGGAUAUUCCUUCAAAAAUAAUUAAUCAUAAUGUUGGACCUGAUGGUAAGAUAUCAAGAUAAUAUUCAAAUGGUAAAAAAGAAGUAGUUUUCCAUAAUGGAGUCAAAAGGGAAGUAUUUCCUGAUGGAUAUGUUAUUGUUCACUUUACAAAUAAAGAUAUAAAAUAAACUUUACCUAAUGGAACAGUAAUAUAUUACUUUGCUGAUGCUAGCACAACUUAGAUUACAAUUUCAAAUGGACCAAAUGUAAUAUAUUUACAUAUAUUUUUAAGAUUUACCGAUUUUCAAAUUAAUAGAUUGAGAUACAUCUUACUGAUGGCACUAAGGAAAUUCGAUUUGGGGAUGGAACUGAAAAGUACAUUAAUGAUAGUGGUGAAGAAUAGACAUUUUUUAGUGAUGGGAUAAUAUAAAAAAUUGAUAGUUAAAAAGUAAAGUAAAUUGAAUAUCCAAACGGAAAUGUAGAUAUAAUUUAUCCUGAUGGCCAGAUAUAGAGAUAGUUUAGGAAUUGA